AACUAAUAUAAGAUGGAGACAUUCGAAACACCGCUCUUGUACUUACCUGCCACGUGGCGAUAUUCUCUCUGCACGACGCGCUUCUAUAUAUAUAUAGAUUUACAUAUCUACCUAUAUCUUCAUCGUCUUCACUCACACACACACAGCGUAUUCAAGUCAGAGACAGAGAAACUUUAACGAAAUGAGGGUUAUUUCAUGGCUAUUCGAUUCAGAAGAUUCUUCACGGAGAAGACGAAUUCCGAAAUCUCCGAAGCAUUUGGAUUCCGGCGAUAGCGCCACGUCAUCGUCAUCAUUGAUCGAAGCCACAGGCUCUACCAGUCUCCAUAGCAGUCUCUCUCUCCAGACUCUCCCUUCCGUUCCCUCCCUUCAGAAAAUCCCCUCGGACACUCUCGCCGUCACCGUCUCUCACUCUGUUACCUCCUCGUUUAAACUCCGUGAACGGAGUCUCCCCGUCACUUGUCUCGCCGUCAACGGCGGUUAUCUCUUCGCCGUAUCCGGACACGAAGUUAGCAUCUACGAUCGCGCCAUGUGCGCUCAUCUCGAUACUUUCAACGGCCAGGAUCCUUUCUCAGGAACCGUUAAAUCUGUCGGUUUCUCCGGCGAGAAAAUCUUCACUGCUCACCAGGACGGGAAAAUCGGGGUUUGGAAAUUAACGGCGAAAAGCGGUUACAAACAGUUAACGACGCUUCCCACGAUAAACGACCGUUUGAGACGUUUUGCUCUCCCCAAAAACUAUGUUCAAGUACGCCGUCACAAAAAACGUCUCUGGAUUGAACACGCUGACGCCGUUACCGCUCUCGCCGUUAAUAACGGAUUCAUUUACUCCGUCUCUUGGGACAAGACUUUGAAAAUAUGGAGAGCCUCCGAUCUUCGUUGCAAGGAAUCAAUCAAAGCCCACGACGACGCCAUUAACGCCGUUGCCGUAUCUGCUAACGGCACCGUUUAUACUGGAUCCGCGGAUAGGCGUAUCCGGGUUUGGGCGAAACCCGCCGAUUCGAAACGCCACAAGUUAGUCGCUACAUUGGAAAAGCACAAAUCGGCGGUUAACGCUCUGGCGUUAAACGACGACGGUUCGGUCUUGUUUUCCGGUUCGUGUGACCGGUCGAUUUUGGUUUGGGAGAGAGAAGACAGCUCCAAUUACAUGGCGGUUAGGGGUGCUUUGAGAGGACAUGACAAAGCAAUACUUAGCUUGUUCACCAUCUCUGAUUUGCUCCUCAGUGGAUCUGCCGAUCGGACGGUCAGGAUCUGGCAACGUGGAAUCGAUUCCAGUUACAGUUGCUUGGAGGUUCUCUCCGGUCACACGAAACCGGUUAAGUCACUAGCAGCGGUUACGGAUUCGGAGUUAGACGGUGUCGUUUCGAUCGUUAGUGGAAGUCUUGAUGGUGAGGUUAAGUGUUGGAAGGUCUCCGUCAGCAAACCGGAUAAUUCGAUUUACACUGGUCUUGUUUUAUGAAUUUUUUUUUUCUCAAUUAUUACUUUUUUAUUUUUUUUGCGAACGACAAUUUGGCGUUUUUUUUACCGUCACUUAGAAAACAAGAAAUUGGUGCCCAUACGUGACAGAAGAGCUUUAUUUAUUUGUGUGUUAUCAUGUAAGAAAACGAGGUUAUUGAUAAUGUUUUAAGAAUAAUAUGGUCAUUAAUUGUUAGA